CCUGGGAAAACCAAAGACAGAGAGAGAGAGAGAGGAACUCCAUUAUCAUGUUUGUUUACAUUUGACAUCGUCAAAUUAUAAUAAUAAUUCGGUAAUGGCAAGCAUUUAUCCUCUCUCUCUCUCUCUCCAGCUGAUUUGAUUUCCAGUUGCAGAACGGUGGGAUAUAAUUUUUUUGUUUUGAUUUUGGAGAGAGAAGAUAUCUCUGCUUCAAUGGAGUGAAAAUUUUGAUUUCAGAAGUAAAUUAGUUGUUGAAACAGAGAGAUUUAAGGAUUUGAGUGUUGUUGUCUCUGGGGAAGAAUCAGAAGAAGUACAGUACGAAGAAUUAAAUGUCUGACUCGCCGGCUUCUUCCCCACCAGCACCGUCCGCCGAUUCCGCUCCGCCGCCGGAUAACUCGACAGGUGGAUCAGCUCCUCCGCCAGCGGAUUCUGCGCCGCCUCCUAGCCCACCGGCUGAUUCAACGCCACCGCCUGUUUCAUCACCGCCGCCAAGUCUCCCAUCUCCACCGCCGGCGACUCCUCCUCCGGAAUCAAAUCCUCCGCCUCCACUGCCGGUUUCCUCACCGCCUCCUCCUCCGGAUGCUCCACCUCCAGCUGAUCCUCCACCGGUAGUCUCCGCUUCACCGCCGCCGGAGCCAACCAACUCCCCUCCACCUCCCCCGGAGGAGACAUUUGAAUCACCACCUCCUCCGCCCAAUGAAGACGAUAGCCCUCCUGCUCCUCCGCCUCCGGAAAUAUUGUCUCCUCCUCCGGCGUCUUCGCCGAAGGGAGGACCCAAAAAGCCCAAAAAAACACCACCACCAUCAGCACCCACCAAAUCUCCUUCAGCACCCGCCGAAUCUCCUCCGGCUCCUCCAAACGCGCCGCCGCGCAACACAUCUCACGCGCUACCACCAAGGUCCACCGCUGCAGGUGGACCGCUCAAGUCGCCAUCUCGCGGAGCCCCCAGCGUCGGAGGCUCCGUCCCGCCACCUCCAAACGAAGGUGGCUAUGAAGGGAAGACAAUGGCCGGAAUGGCAGUAGCCGGAUUCGCAAUCAUCGCCCUUAUCGCCGUCGUGUUCAUAGUCAGAAGAAAGAAGAAAAGAAACGUAGAUGCUUAUAGUGACUCACAGUACUUGCCUCCUUCAAACUUCUCCAUCAAAUCAGAUGGAUUUUUAUACGGACAAAACCCUUCAAAGGGAUACUCUGGUCCUGGUGGUUCAAUGUACAAUACACAGCAGCAGCAACAGUCCAAUACCGGAAACAGCUUCGGGAGCCAAAGAGGUAGCCAAAGAGGUUAUACACAGUCAGGGAGCACACCUGAUUCAGCUGUGAUGGGAAGUGGUCAGACGCAUUUCACCUAUGAAGAACUAAUGGACAUAACCGAAGGGUUCGCUAAACGAAACAUACUCGGAGAAGGAGGGUUUGGUUGUGUCUACAAAGGUAAGUUACACGACGGUAAACUAGUUGCGGUUAAGCAGCUUAAGGUUGGUAGUGGACAAGGUGACCGUGAGUUUAAGGCAGAGGUUGAGAUCAUUAGCCGUGUUCACCAUCGCCACUUGGUUUCUCUUGUUGGAUAUUGCAUCUCGGAUGUUGAGAGGUUGCUUAUCUAUGAGUAUGUUCCUAACCAAACCUUGGAGCAUCAUCUGCAUGGGAAAGGAAGACCAGUCCUAGAAUGGGCUAGGAGAGUCCGAAUCGCUAUAGGUUCUGCCAAAGGUUUGGCGUAUUUGCACGAAGACUGUAAGUUUCUUAUAUGGCGUGUUGCUGACUUUGGACUCGCCAAACUCAAUGAUUCAACACAAACCCAUGUAUCAACUCGCGUUAUGGGAACCUUUGGUUACUUGGCACCAGAAUAUGCACAAAGUGGAAAACUGACAGAUAGAUCAGAUGUUUUCUCGUUUGGAGUCGUUCUCUUAGAGCUUAUAACUGGACGCAAACCGGUUGACCAGUACCAGCCUUUGGGUGAAGAGAGUUUGGUCGAAUGGGCUCGUCCAUUGCUUCACAAAGCCAUUGAGACCGGAGAUUUCAGCGAUCUUGUUGAUAGACGGCUCGAAAAGCAUUACGUUGAGAAUGAAGUUUUCAGAAUGAUUGAAACGGCUGCUGCUUGUGUUAGGCAUUCCGGUCCAAAACGUCCACGCAUGGUUCAGGUUGUGAGAGCACUGGACAGUGAAGGGGACAUGGGAGAUAUCAGCAACGGGAACAAAGUGGGACAAAGCAGUUCUUAUGACUCAGACGUCAUGAAGUUCAGGAAGAUGGCGUUUGGUUUUGAUGACAGCUCAGAUUCCGGGAUGCACAGUGGAGACUACUCUGUGCAAAGCUCCCGGAGAGGAUCCAACGGAGCCUCUGGUGAGUUCAUGAGGAACGAAUCUGAGAACAGAAACUUCAAUAACCGGCGGUUCUGAGAUUCAAAAUAAUAGGUGGUGAGAACUUUAAUUAUACCUCUUCUCUUCGGCCUCUGCCUUAUUAUCCCCUCAUGCUUGAGCUCUCUGUACAGCAUUAAUGCUUUUUUUACUUUUUUGUGUGAGACACAUUAUGUUCUUGCUUAGAUACCUUUAGUUUCUCCAUAAUAUGGCCAUUUGCCUCAAAAGACUUAUCAUAGGUGAGAGAACAUAGAAAGCACAAAAAAGAAAAAGAAAAAGAAAGAGUGAUUUGAAUUCUUGUUUGCUUUUGUUUUGUUUCUCCUUGUUGAGUUCUGAUUUUUGUUUAGUGUGAUCACUAUAAUGAAGAACUCCAUCUUCUGAUAUAUGAAAUUUUUUAACAGAUUCAGCAUGUAAUUGUUACUUUGUCAUCUAGUUUUUUUUUUACUUUCAUAUAUAUAAUUUGAGAACCAAAGUUCCAUACCCAUAUGAAACAAAACCAAUAGACCCAAAACAAGAAGAAAGACAAACAGAAAUAAACAAGAAAAUGAUAAAGUCAAACAAGCUUGAGGGUCUCUUGUCUUAUUUAGAUCAUUGUCCUGACCGGAGCUUGAAGUCGGAACCACCGUGUCUGAAGUUAGAUGAACUCCAUUUUUCCGGUCACUUGAACCUUACUCCAUGUUUGUUAACCGGAGGUGGUCCUUUCUUUCCUCCUCCUCCUCCUCCUCCUCCCCCUCUCUUGUUAUCAAAACCAAACUCAAUAUCCCCUCCGGUUCGACCAGGUGGUUUGCUCAUCGGACCAGGCCGCUUCAAAUCAAACCCAAACUCCAAAUCAUCACCUCUCUCUCUCGGUUCACGCUCCACAGGUCUGAUCUCGCGGCUCUUCUUUGACGACGGUUUCUCAUGCUUUGAAGGUUUGUUGUUGUUUUUGUGACCACGGUUGCAUAUCCUUCCAAACACACAAGCCAUUGCUGCCAAUAUAAGGAUGGCGGCUAGAACUAUGAACACUGUACCGAAAGAGCCACUUGAACCAGAGGACGAAGGCGGUGCAUAAGAAGAAGAUGACGAAGAAGAAGAAGAAGAAGAAGAAGAUGGAUACACAACAAGAGGUUGCUGGAACUGUUGUUGUGGUUGAUCUCCCAUUUUUUUUUUCUUGGUGGGUUUGGUUUUUGAAUGUAAUUUUGGUUAGAUAUGCUUUAGAGAGUUGUGUGGUAUUGAAGAGUACUUCAAUCUGAAAUGAG